CAGAAGAAGCCGCUUCAGUCUCUGCUUUCCGUCUGUCUGCUGCUAGUUAGUUAGUUUAGCUUUCUGCUGCUUUUAACCUACUUUUAGUUCCUUUACUUCUUUAAUUUAUUUUUCCGUGUGAACCAGGCAGCCACCAUGCUCUCUGCUCGUUCUCCUCUCUCCGAACUCAACGAGAAAACCGUCAGCAGUCAGAUGAACAACAUGUCGCUGGACAAAGAAAACACGCCUCCGAGUCUGAGCAGCAGCCGCAUCCUGGCGUCCAAAACCGCGCGGAGAAUCUUCGACGAUGCUGCGCCCAAAGCCGUGAAGAAGAGCAGCAGCUCGGAGGAGGAGCCGCUGCUGAAAGAUAAUCCUCGUCGCUUCGUCAUCUUCCCCAUCCAGUACCACGACAUCUGGCAGAUGUACAAGAAGGCCGAGGCCUCUUUCUGGACGGCAGAGGAGGUGGAUCUGUCCAAAGACCUGCAGCACUGGGAGACUCUGAAGGAAGAAGAGAAGUACUUCAUCUCACAUGUGCUGGCUUUCUUUGCUGCCAGCGAUGGCAUCGUCAACGAGAAUCUGGUGGAGCGUUUCACACAGGAAGUGCAGGUGACAGAGGCCCGCUGUUUCUAUGGUUUCCAGAUCGCCAUGGAGAACAUCCACUCAGAGAUGUACAGCCUCCUGAUCGACACCUACAUCAAGGAGCCCAAAGAGAGGGAAUACCUGUUCAACGCCAUCGAGACUCUGCCGUGUGUGAAGAAGAAGGCCGACUGGGCGCUCAACUGGAUCGGCAACAAGAACGCCACCUACGGAGAGCGUGUUGUGGCCUUCGCUGCCGUGGAGGGAAUCUUCUUCUCUGGUUCCUUCGCUGCCAUCUUCUGGCUGAAGAAGAGAGGCCUGAUGCCCGGCCUGACCUUCUCUAACGAGCUCAUCAGCAGAGACGAGGGUCUGCACUGCGACUUCGCCUGUCUCAUGUUCAAACACCUGCUGAACAAACCAUCCACUGAAACCGUCACCACCAUCAUCAGAAACGCUGUUGAGAUCGAACAGGAGUUCCUGACUGAGGCUCUGCCGGUGAAGCUCAUCGGGAUGAACUGUGAGCUGAUGAAGCAGUACAUCGAGUUUGUGGCCGACAGACUGCUGCUGGAGCUCGGCUUCUCAAAGAUCUACCGGGUGGAGAACCCCUUCGACUUCAUGGAGAACAUCUCUCUGGAGGGAAAGACCAACUUCUUUGAGAAGAGGGUGGGCGAGUACCAGAGGAUGGGCGUCAUGUCCGGCACCACAGACAACACCUUCAGGCUGGACGCCGACUUCUGAGCUCACAGCUGGACCACAGACACUCAUUAGAGCAAAACUCCAACCAGGAGCUGCUGCUGGCCUCCUUUCAUUCCACCCGCUGUGACUGCAGCCAAUCAGAGCAGAGACAGGAAGAGCGCCACAGUCCAGAAAACGACACUGAUGUGGAGACGACAUGAGACACGAACUACAGACUGAAGCAGCAGCUGACAGAUAAAGUGGUCAGUCCUGGAUCAGUACCUGGUUCAUGUUCAACUUAUUCCUCUGUACAUGAACUAACUUUGUAGAGUUAAUUUUUUAUCAAAUCUGUUUUUAGGUUUUUCUAUUAAAUUUGUACAGAGUUGUGUAGUUUUUUGUAAUAAAAUCAUAACUGCCUCUAAGA